UAUUACCUACAGGAAACUAUGCCCACGCCACAGCAAAGCUUUUAAAGUCUGAGGCGACCUCAGACUUGCAGUCCGAGUCAGAUUCUGGAAGUAGGAUGGGAAAAGAGAAGCGCAAAAGAAGGCCAGUGUGUCUGUCAAGCUCAGAUGAGGAUGGUGCUGGGCAUGAUCAUGCAGCCAGUGGGGCUUUAUCCCCCCCAAUUCCAAAGAACCUCCAACUGCAGGCUGCCCACUCACUCAAGACCCGUCCAUUUAUCCAGCCCCCUCCACCUUCAACUCCUUUAAUGCCUGUUACUUCAGACCGACCCAGUACAAUUCUUCAAGAUGCCAGUUCUGCAUUUAGAGAUCGCAUUUACCUCCCCCAGUGCCAGAGAACCUCCAACCAGAGGCUCCCCACUUGCACAGGACCCGUCCAUAUAUUCAGCCCUCUCCAAUUUCAACACCUUCAAUGGCUGUUACACCAGACCACCCCAGUAGAGUUCUGCAAGGUGCCAGUUCUUCAUUUAGAGAUGGCAUUAUUUGCCCGUCUCCUAACUGUCCUGGAGGAAAUAAAGGAGACGCAGAGGGUUCAUGGGAGGAUGAUACAAUCACUCCUCACACAACAGGAUGCAAGAGCAGUUGCUGCUCUUCCAGAGGACAUCGUUUUCCCCCUGAGGACAGUCUCGGACGUUACUGCAAUGGAGCAAAAAUUUACUUUUGCAAAAGUCUUCGGCCACCACCAGCUUUGUUGUUAA